GCGAGGGUGGUGGCCUGUUCGCCACAGCUGGGAGGAAACCUGCUGGCAAGGCGGAGAGGGGAGGGGGCUUAGUCUCCGACGGGGGGGCGGUGACAUGUCUCUCGAAGACCCAUUUUUUGUAGUCCGAGGCGAGGUGCAAAAGGCGGUGAACUCAGCCCGAGGGCUGUACCAGCGCUGGUGCGAGCUCCUGCAAGAGGGCGCCGCAGUCGGACACGAGGAGCUGGACUGGACAACCAAUGAGCUUCGGAACGGCCUGCGCAGCAUCGAGUGGGACCUCGAGGACCUGGAGGAGACCAUAGGCAUAGUGGAAGCCAACCCGGGCAAGUUCAAGCUCCCAGCUGGGGACCUGCAGGAGAGAAAGGUGUUCGUGGAGCGGAUGCGGGAGGCAGUCCAGGAAAUGAAGGACCAUAUGGUCAGCCCAGCGGCGGUAGCCUUCAUGGAGAGACAUAAGAGAGAGAUGCUGACAGGCAAACUAGCCACCCAGAAGUCAUCCAGUGACCUGCUAGAUGCCAGCAUGGUCUCAGCCUCCUCUCGCUACAUUGAGGAGCAGCAGGCCACGCAGCAGCUGAUCAUGGACCAACAGGACCAACAGCUGGAAAUGGUGUCUGGGAGCAUCCAGGUUCUGAAACACAUGUCCAGUCGCGUUGGAGAGGAGCUGGAUGAGCAGGGCAUCAUGCUGGACACCUUUGCUCAUGAAAUGGACCACACCCAGUCACGAAUGGAUGGAGUCCUCAGGAAGAUGGCCAAAGUAUCCCACAUGACAAGUGACCGCCGACAGUGGUGUGCAAUUUUGGUGCUGUUGGGAGUGCUUCUCCUGGUUCUCAUCCUGCUCUUCUCUCUCUGACCCUGGGCCUCUCUGGGGGGUGCUGAUCCCUCAAGCUGCAGGAGCUGGUAGGGCCCUGCCCCCUGGAAGAAGGGGGUUGUACCUGGGGAGCUGUCCCAAGGCUCUCACCCAGAGCCAGUGGGACCCUUGGGGACCUGGGUUUGAGCCUCUGCCACUGGUCCUCUUCCAAGUGCGCUUAAGGGUUGGUGGAGGUAGGAGGACCUCAGAACACCUUGCCCCAUUUCUAUUUUCAGUGCCCCAAAGCCAUUUAUUUACUCAUGUGCCUUCAAUGUGUGCCAACUUGGAAAUAAAAUCCUAGCCUUUUUUACACAUA